ACUUCCAAACCUUCCAACCCACCUUGUUGUAAACCUACCAAGAACCUCCACCUCUAACACCAUGGUCAGUUCCUGUUGUGGCUCUGUCUGCUCUGAGGAGGGCUGUGGCCAAGGCUGCUGCCAGCCCAGCUGCUGCCAGACCACCUGCUGUAGGACCACCUGCUGCCGCCCCAGCUGCUGUGUGUCCAGCUGCUGCAGACCCCAGUGCUGCCAGUCUGUGUGCUGCCAGCCCACCUGCUGUCGCCCCAGCUGCUGCAUUUCUAGCUGUUGUAGACCUUGCUGCCGCCCCACCUGCUGUGUGUCCAGCUGCUGCAGGCCUUCUUGCUGCAUUUCUAGCUGCUGUAGGCCUUCCUGCUGCCGCCCCAGCUGCUGUGUGUCCAGCUGCUGCAGGCCUCAGUGCUGCCAGUCUCUGUGCUGCCAGCCCACCUGCUGCCGCCCCAGCUGUUGCAUUUCUAGCUGCUGCAGGCCUUCCUGCUGCCGCCCUAGCUGCUGUGUGUCCAGCUGCUGCAGGCCCUCUUGCUGCAUCUCCAGCUGCUGUCGCCCCUGCUGUGGUAGUUCUAGUUGUUGUGGAUCCAGCUGCUGUCGCCCAAGCUGUUGCAUUUCUAGCUGCUGCAGGCCUUCUUGCUGCCGCCCUAGCUGCUGUGUAUCCAGCUGCUGCCGCCCCAGUUGCUGUGUGUCCAGCUGCUGCAGACCCCAGUGCUGCCAGUCUCUGUGCUGCCAGCCCACUUGCUGCCGCCCCAGCUGCUGCCGCCCCAGCUGUUGCAUUUCUAGCUGCUGCAGACCUUCUUGCUGCCGCCCCAGCUGCUGUGUGUCCAGCUGCUGCAGGCCCCAGUGCUGUAUCUCCAGUUGCUGCCGCCCGACCUGUUGCGAGACCACUUGCUGCAGAACCACCUGUUGUCGCCCAGCAUGCUCUAGUGGUUCUUGCUGCUGAACCCCGUCACCCAUGGUCUCUCCUGUUCUUCAUCACCCUCCACUUGUGAUGUAAAGCAUUCAUGAGAUGAACCCCAAGAUCCCAAUCAUAGCCCUUGUUCCAAGUUGAUAGUGAUUCUAGCCUCCAAAUGUACUUAACUGCCGCCGGCCUUCUUAGUAUGUCUUUACAACAUGAAACACGUUUCUGUCUUCUCUGACAUCUCUAAACUCUCACCUUCACUCAAUAGGAUACUUUGUUGUCUGCCAUAUUUUAAAAAAAAAAUGGAUAUU